UUUAUUUAUGGUACAUAGCAUCAAAUUUUAAUGGGGCAUCGUAUAAAAAUAAAUACAUUUAAAGAAGCCACUUCAUCAUCAUGAAUCGCUUCAUAGCAGUCUCCCAUCCUGAGCAGCACACUGGUGAGAGUGGAAAGAAAGGCUCCUGUCAUGUCAUGCAACCAUCCUGGGAUUUUCUUUUUACACACAACAUGUAUUUAAUAUGAAGCAUUUGAAAACAGCAUUUAUAAAAUAAGUGUAAAUAAAAACGCAAACUGAGUUUGAAGACAGAGUUAAAACAACAUCUCAGAGAGGGUGGUCUCAGAGUGACAUGAUGUCACAGCAGGARGUGGCUGUGUUAGGGGGCUGUCUUUCUCUGGCUAAUCUGAAAAAAAAAUCAAGUUUCACUGCAUUAAGGUUAAGACUCUUUGGAAGAGGUUUAAAGACAUCUGUAUUUAAACACACCUCAAGGGAAGGCAGCCAUGAAACAAGUGAGCUGCAUCAUUUAUGUCUUUCUGUUGGUCACCAUCACUGGGGCCACUGAGAGCAGCAUAGUAGGUGGUAAGGUUGCAGAGAAGCACUCCAGACCCUACAUGGCAUCCAUCCAGGUUAAUAAGKACCAUCACUGUGGUGGGAUUCUUAUUCGCAAGGAUUAUGUUCUAACUGCAGCUCACUGCAAAGAUUGUUAUCGGGACAUGACAGUGGUACUCGGCGCACAUGACAUCAGCCAGAAGGAGAAAAGUCARCAAAAAAUCAAUGUGAAAAAGUACUACGUGCAUCCAAAUUUCACUGGAGGAUUUCACUAUGACGUUAUGCUACUUAAGCUAGAAAAAAAUGCCAAACUGAAUAAGUACGUGAAGACGCUUGGACUGCCUGAGAAAGAUGAAAACCUCCCUGUUAAAACUAAAUGUGAUGUUGCUGGCUGGGGCCAAACUGGACCUAAACAGGCUGGUUCAAAUCUUCUGAAGGAGGCCACAGAGAUGAUGCAAUUUAGCUUUGAAUGCAAAAAUAUUUGGAAGGAGAAUUUCUCUCCCCAGAAUAUGAUCUGCACCACAUUUAACACAAAGGACGGAGGAGUGUGCCAGGGUGAUUCUGGAGGACCACUUAUUUGCAACACCAAGCUUCAAGGCAUAACUGCUUACACUGCUGAAAAUGCAUGCGACGAUCCAAACUACCCCCAUGUCUUUACUAAAGUUCAUUUCUUUCUGCCCUGGAUCAAGUCAGUGAUGAAGAAAUAAGGCAGUACUUUAUUUUCUUGUUUGUGAAUAACAAAAAAAAACACGUCUUUGUGAGAGAAAAGAUAUAUGCAAAUUCUACAAUAAAAAAAAACAUGAUGCUUA